UUGCAUCAGGUUUAUUCUUAUUAUGUACAGAAUAUAGUAGUGUUUUCACUAAAACACCGGGGAUAGGACUUGGAGCAUUUACUUGCGCAACCAAGUGUCCAGUUGACACGUGAUAGAUGUCUCUCCGACCACCAGUUAUUUGAACCUCCUUGGCAAUUGACAAACAGUUGCCAUCUUAAAUACUACGUACGUGAAUAUUUUGUGUCCUUCAGGGCCUUAGAACUGCAGUGAUGGAUUACAACAACAUUAUUUGGAUAAAAACAGAGGUAACAGACGAGAUAUCAACUGAGGCACCCUCUGCAAUUCGUGAAGCUCAAUUAGUAAAGUCAGAGUCCAAUGACUGUACCAAGAAGAAACCAGAACUAAAUUUGGGACUAGAGGAAACUGAGAACAUUUUAUGUGUUCCUGAAUUUCAUCCUCAGAUAAUUAAGGAGGAGUGUCUUGAAGAUCCAUUAGUAAUAUCAGGGUCCUUUGGUUCUAUCAAGGAGCCUUCAGAAUUAAAUUUGGAAGCAGAAGAAAGUGAGAAUUUUGUCUUAACCUCUGCAAAUGAUUCUCUGGAUGUAUGUGACCCACUGAGUGUAACAGAUGAUGAGGAGGCAGCUUCAAGAAGAUGUGCACCAGACAGUCCACGGUUGACGAAAGUGGCAAGUGAAUCUGGUAGUAUUGUAUUUGAUGAAACAUAUCAGGGAACAACAGGUGAUAAACUUAGCAUUACUACAGAGAAAUCAGCACAUUUCGUCAGUAGUGGAACUGCAGUACAAGUGUUUCUGUCUAAGGAGGACACUGCAUUAUGCACUAGAAAAACUAGCAACUUAAAAGAAAGUGAAAUUAAUCAGUUUAUGUGUAGUUCAUGCAAUCAAACAUUUUUGUCAAAAUACAGUCUCAUAAUGCAUGUGUUCAUUCAUAUUGAUGGCGUGCAGCCACCUUCUCAUGUCUGUACAGCAUGUGGUGAAGUAUUUGAAACACACGAUAGCUUGAGCAAACAUUCUGUUGUGCAAAGAAGCAUUAGUCACGUAGAAAGUCAUCAACAUAGCACAGUUUCUAAAGAAUAUGAUAGUUUCAUAUGCUGUGAGGUAGUAAGUAGUGGCAAUAAAUUACAGAAAUGUGGUACUUCCAGUAAAUCUAUCAAUAAAACAGAUGGUCACAUACCAUACACUUCUGAUAUUUGUGAGGAAUCAUCUAGUCAGUCUGGACAUCUCAAGAGCACUUCAGUAAUAAGUACUGGUAAAAGACCAUACAAAUGUGAGAUUUGUGGUAAAUGUUUUUGCGAUUCCAGCAGUCUCAACAAGCAUUCCUUAAUACAUGCUGCGGAGAGACCACAUAAAUGUGACGUUUGUGGUAUAGCAUUUACUCGAGUUGGCCAUCUGAAGGAGCAUUCGCGAAUACAUACUGGUGAGAGACCACACGUAUGUGUGGUAUGUGGGAAAUCCUUUGCUGUCAUGGGCAAUUUCAAGAAGCAUAUCUUACUACAUACUGGCGAAAAACCACAUAAAUGUGACAUUUGUGGUAUGUCAUUUAGUCAUUCUAGCAAUCUCAAAGUUCAUUCGCUCAUACAUAGUGACAAAAGGCCACACAAAUGUGAGUUUUGUGAUAAAUCGUUUACUACACCUGGUAGACUCAAGGUGCAUGCUAUUAUACAUACUGGUAUGGGAUCACACAAAUGUGACGUUUGUGGAAAGUGCUUCACUCAGUUUGGUAGCCUCGAGGCGCAUAGAGUGAAACACACUGACCAGAGACCACACAUGUGUGAUGUUUGUGGCAAAUCAUUUUCUAGCCGUGGGAAUCUCAAUGUACAUGCAUUAAUUCACAAUGGCGUAAAACGAUACAAAUGUGACGUCUGUGGGAAAUCCUUUAGUCGGUCUGGUGGUCUGAAGGCGCAUGUAUUAGUGCAUACUGGCGAGAGACCGUAUAAAUGUGAUUCCUGUGGGAAAGCGUUUACUGAGUCUGGAAAUUUGAAGAGACAUGUAUUGAUACAUACAGGCGAGCGACCUUUCAAAUGUGAUGUUUGUGGAAAAGCAUUUACUCAGUCUGGUAGUCUCAAGGCCCAUGCAGUAACACAUAUUGAUCAUAAAACAAAUAUCCAGUAAUGUGAGGCAUAAUUAGGAGUUCUUGUUAAGCCUAGGAGACCGAUUCAAGAGGAAAUAAAUUUUACAAAAGUAUUUGACCAUCUUAAUAUAAGAUGGUGAAAGCAAUAAAUGGAAGACAGCUGCAGUGAUUAGUUUCUUACAGGUUACACUAGGCCUGUAUGUCAGCAGACAUAUGAGAAUAGCUAAAGAAGUGUGAUGUUCAGAGCAAAUGCUCUGUUAGCGCUGUUAAUGUAUUUUGCAAAGUAUUUCUGCACUUCCUUACAGGAUGAGAUAUCAGAUGGUUGUCAAGUAUAUUUUACUGGAGGUGCCUAAAAGCCAAAGACAAGUGUAUGGGGGAUUAAAUUUUCAUAGAUGUACAUGUAUAGUUUUGCAUGUGGAGAUCUAAAUUGACAAUUUAAAAAAAAUCUUAUUCAGAAUUAUCAAGAAGUGACAUGUUUCAACUGACUGAAAACAGCCCUCUUAACCAUGUACUUUUUAACUUGUUUGAUGUAUGUCUAGUGCAAAAACUCCUAGCAUAUGUUGUCAGUUAUGUUUAAGACAUGGACUCCUUGUAUUUUUCCAGUAGUGUUCACAAUGCAAAUGUAUAUUUUAUAAUGUUCUGAGAGUUUGUGGCAAUUCAAAUAUGUUAUGAAUGCGAAUCCUUUUUAAGUAUCAGUUUACACUGUUUAAACUUCAUGUUUUAUCAAUCUGCAGAUAAGCACUGUUUUAGAGACAUCUUUAUUCAUGUGUACUUAGGACAUUUUAAACUAAUUCUUCUUUCAUCAUUUGUUACUUAAGGCUGUUUCUAUAACUUCAUUAUCUUGAAAUAGUAUUAACUGAUGGGAUUUUUAUGCCAUGUUAUGUUAAUGAAUUGUGAUUCUUGUCUAUUAAUCUUCCUUAGAAAUACUACAAUUAGUUCCGCUAUUUUGCGUUUUAAUAAAGUAAAACAAAUUUACAUUUUUACUAAAGACACCUUUAGUAAUUUUUGAAAAAA